AUGCGGCCCAGCCAGCCAGCCGCCAAUCGGGUGGCGGUCACCAUCCAGCAGGUGCCGCAGCCUGGCAAGCUCCUGCAGAGCUCCUCUGUUCGAUCAGGGCAGAGCCCUCGCAGCCCACCUCGUGCGGUGGUCGCGGCGACGGGGCAGAGCCCACCCCGCGCGGCGCUUGUGGCGGCAGGGCAGAGCCCUCGCAGCCUUGGCCAGUCGCAGAAGCCCAGCUCUGUGGCGGCCCCCAGCCCACGAAGCCCUGGGCAGAUUCGACAGGCUGUCAGCGGCCAGAGCCCUCGCAGCCCCGGCCAAAACCACCGGCCCGUGGUAUCCGGUGUGGGGCAAAGUUCCCAGAACGCAGUGGCCCCGCGCCCCAUCGUGCCAGCCAGCCUCGGGCCAAGGCCCGUCGUUGCGGCGCGGCAGGGGCCGUCGUCUUUUGUCCAGCAUGGUGGGACCGUGCAGCGUGCCUCAGGCAGCUUUGCGCCACCUAUCCGCGUGGCCUCUCCACAGGUCACCGGCGUGGUGCCCAAUCUGCAGCCGAGCCAGCCGGUGGCGAAGAGUCCCUCCAAGCUCAGCCCGGCUGCUGCAAGGAGCGAAGGUCCCGCCAGGGUACCCGGGCAGAGGUCGAUGACGACAACGUCAACACUACGCACCAGCUCCGACAUGACGCAGGAAACCUCUGCGAAGGAGGUGCAGAGUUCCGCGCCGAGCGAUCGGCCGUCCGUCGUGCGAAACACGCAGCAGCUGGGCACCGUCAGCCUGCGGCCGCAGUCGACGCCUCAAGGCUCCCGGCGACUUCAGACGCGACGGAAGUCUCGGGGUGCCAAAAGCUCAGAUGUCUGCGACUUCCUGCGCGACUCCCUGCGCAGAGAUCCGAUGUCCGUGCAGGCCCAGCUUACAGAUGCAGAUCUGUCAGAGAUCGUUUCCUUGAUGGACUACUACGAGUUUGAUCCGGAAUCCUCCGACGAUGAGGACGGCGUGGGCAGCGCCAGCGGAUACAUCUUCGUUGUGGACAAUGGCAGCUUCGAGGUUCGGAUCGAUGGAACCCCGGUGGCCACCCUCGGCCGGGGCUGCACCUUUGGCUGGAACUUCCUGAUGAAGCAGCCGCAGUCCUCCUCCGUGUACCCCUGCGUGAAGUCGGGUCUCUGGGGCGCCGACGGUCAGAAGAUACAGCAGAUGCUCACCGAGCGCAUCCGGGAGAGACUGCGAGAGAAUCGCAAGCUUCUGGAUUGCGUCUCCUUCUUCAAGGGCCUGCCGCCCCGACAAAUCGAGCUGCUGAGCUCAGCCAUCGUGGAGGAGUCUGUGCCGGCUGGUCGGAAGGUGGUGGCCAAGGGCGAACUCUCCACAGCCCUCUACUUUAUUCGAAGAGGGCAGCUGCGCGUCGAGGAGAAUCAGAAGGAGCUCGGCCCAGGUGACUACUUCGGAGAGCGGGCGCUGCUUCACCGGGCCCCGCGUUCAGCCACGGUGGUGGCCGAGACCGAGGCAGAACUGCUGCGGCUUGAGGCAGAGAAUUUGAAGUCCGUCGUCGGCCCGGACUUGCUGGUCUACCUCUCCAGGUCCCUGGUCCUCGAGGCGCUCCGCAGCUCCCAGGCCUGCGGCCAGUUCGCCGUGUCGCAGCAGUCAGCGAUCCUGAAGAACAUGAAGAUGAUGGAGGUGCCUGCCGGGAGCCUCAUCGAAGCCGCGCGGAACAGCGACUUCCUCCUCCUUGCUGUGAUACAAGGAAGUGUCUCUGACCAUGCGAAUCCAGACCAGCCGAUCGUGCUGCCGGGCCAGGCCUUUGAGGUGAUGCAACACCAGCGCCACAACUCCUUGCCGGCUGAGACCAUGUCCGGCCCGCUGGUCAUGACCCGGGCCAACUCGGAAAUCACGAGGGAGCGCCUGGACCUCGUGGCCGGCGAGGAGGGGGCCAAGGUGGCCCUGCUCACUGAGUCAGGCCUGGAGGCUGCUCUUGGCACGGGGGAUGAUGAGGCACAAGCGGCCACUUCCGCCUCCAGCACCACGGGUGGCGAGCGCUUCGCGCAGAAGAUGCUGGCGGUCAAGAAGGUGCCAAUCUUCCGCCAUCUGAACAAGCAGCAGACGCAGAGGGUAGUCCGGUCACUGCAGAGCAGCCAUCGCUCCCUUGGUGAAGUGGUGAUUCGGCAAGGCGAGUCUGGCAACCACUUCUUCGUGAUCGUCAAGGGUGAAGUCACAGUGACCAUUGACGGGAAGAAGAUACGAACCCAGGGCAAGAAUGCAUCUUUUGGCGAGCGAGCCCUGCUCUUUGACGAGCCGCGGAGCGCCACGGUGCAGGUCUCUAGCGACCGGGUGGAGCUGUGGACCCUGGAGAAGUCAGUCUUCAAGCAGAUCAUCACCGCUAAGAUGCGGAAGGACCUGGAAUAUCGCAUCAGCAUCCAGGACGCCGGAGUCACCUUGCACGACCUAAAGCCGAUGAACUUCCUGGGCGCCGGCGCCUUUAGCACCGUGCGCCUCGUGGAGCACCGGAAGUCCGGCGCCAAGUACGCGCUGAAGACCUGCAAGCGGACGCUGAGCGGAAAGAUGCCGGCGGAGAUGCAAACGGAGUGCGACAUCCUCGCAGAGAACGAUCAUCCCUUUAUCCUGUACAUGGUGGCGGUCUUUGAGACGAGGACUUGCGUCAGCAUGCUCACGGAGAUCUUGGCCGGAGGCGAGCUCUGGUCAGCGCUGCGGAAGCUGCCUGUCAUGCUGUCCAGGGACAUGGCCCGCUUCUACACGGCCUCGAUCCUGAUCGCUGUGGAGGCGCUGUGGGAUCGGAAUGUCGUGUAUCGAGACCUGAAGCCCGAAAACGUGAUGCUGGACCAGGAGGGUUACGUCAAGAUCAUCGACUUCGGAGUCUCGAAGAAGCUCGGGGAUAGGGAGAGCCGCACCUACACGGUGGUCGGCACGCCGCACUACAUGGCGCCGGAGGUCUUCCAGGGCAAGGGCUACGGGGUGGAGGUGGACCUUUGGUCCUUGGGCAUCAUGCUCUUCGAGUUCGUCUGCGGCUACCUGCCCUUCGCCUCGAGCCUCAACGAGCCGCGCCAAGUCUGCUCGGCCAUCCUGAGAGGGAAGCUGAAGUUUCCCUCCGCCUACAAGGACGAAGUGGGACGCGACCUGAUCAAAGGGCUGCUGACGCAGCCGGUGCUGAAGCGCCUGGGCGCCGGUGUCAACGGCCUUCAGGACGUCUUCAACCACCCGUACUUCGAAAUCCCUGGCGACGCGAGCAUCUUCGACAAGCUGCUGGGCCGCGAGGUCGAGCCACCCUAUGCACCCGGACCCUGGAGGCCGCCAUCCGACCAGCGACGGCCGGCCGGCUAUUCCAAGGAGGAGCACGAGCUUUUCGAGCACCCGUCUUCGAGAAGCACCGAAGUGGUCAAGCAGAAUGGCUUCUUUUGUAGCGUUUUCCGGAGGAUGCACAAGUGA